AUGGUAGCCGUGCUCCUCCACAUGUCAACACUAUGGCUUUGUUACAUCAAGAGGUCCAUUGAACUCCUGCUCCGCAUCGUCAAAUUUCUAAUCUCUAAAACGAUUGCCACAGGCUGCAUACGUCGGAUAUCACCUGCGCUAUCUAGAUAUGCACAUUACGUCGCACGUCGUCGACGCACACGAAAAGCUUUGCCUUCUCUUGUUCUAUUGCUUUCACUUCUUCAUGUCCUAUCACUUCUUUAUAUCACAGAGAGAUGCUCCCAAGUCGUCUCCAUGAAAGCCCACGAAGAGAUUUGUUCGACUAGGGAUGGUAUCAAAGCUUGUGCCUUUAACGAGGCAAUACUAAUCACGCUUCAGCCCCUACAACAGGAAACCUUUGGCGCAGUGAAGGACGACGACAAUCUAUCGGCGAAGCUGCAAAGAGGAUGCAUGCGAAAUUACUUAACCAGCCGACAAAUUAAGGUAUUUCCAUUCACAGUGAAUAACGGCCCUCUAUACACAUUUUGUUCACAAAGUUGUCGAGGUCCAUGGUAUGAUUCUCGCCGUGUCAACCUCUACAGAGGUGUACACUAUUUUCACAUGUUCUACUUGGGAUAUCGAUGUCAACAUGGAUGUAACGGUUCGCGAAAGAGACUUCCUUAUCUCAAACAAAAUUCAGCUUCAUGCAGGACAGACCGCCACAUGGAUCAGUCUCAGAUCCAGUCUCACAGGGACAAUUGUUCCGCAACUACCAAUAUUAUCUCCAAGGUCCGCAGUAACGGACUAUUCCGUCUCAACAGUCGAACCUGCUUAUCGAGGACAGCUCACGCCUCACAGCGGUGGACAAUUACGAUGGUCCAUACACGCCCGCAGAACUGUUUAUUUGCUCGUUCUCUCGUAACGCAUGCAAAUGCACUCAUGGUAAACACAAGGCGUCAUUCGCCUGAGCUUCCGGUACCGUUGCAGAUCUCGCAAUCAUCGCCACUAACACAGACUUUCAAAAGCUUCAUCAACUUCUCCACAAAAAUGUUCACUAAACCAAUGUUGGACCCGCUUUGCAACUACACUUUGUGGCCGUAA